AUGAUUCACCAGACCAUCAACGCCCUUCUAGAGGUCAAGAAAGUAGCACCAGAUGACCUUCUCGACGAGCCGCAAGGACCCUCGCCGAAGGAAGACCAUCUGAUAUUCACGACACCCCAGUAUCCCCAGAUUCUAGAACGCGGACAAGAAUUCUUCGAGUGCAUCUACGGUAAAAUAACCAAGAGAGUCAUGGGUCAAAUGGACCGAUCAGGAACCGAAGACCUCGGCCUCGUCGCUCGCCUGGUAUAUGGUUACAUUCUCAGCAACACCAAUGUCCUCGGCCCCAUCGAGACUUCCUAUGUCAUGAUUGCUGGAUUGAUAUCACAAGAUGUGAGGUUGAUGCUGUGUCUCGCUGGCCCCAAUCAAAGCUGA